GUAGAUAAUAAAUUGCGCCCCAAAUCUACAGAUCUGGCUUCCUGGUGCGCUCCGGGCGCGCCGCCCUCGUCUUUACGCACGUGCAAACUUGGCACUCAAGGUCUCUGACAGCCUCCCGGGGGGCGGGGGGACGAGGCUGGCUGACUUCCUCCCCGAGGACACCACCUCCUCACCCACGGGGCUGAGCUGCUGAUUGUCUUCGCCACCAACAUCAGCCGAAUCCUCCCUCCAGCCUCGCAUCUCCGCGCUUGCCCCGGCCUCCGACCGCACCGUCUGAGCGACGGAGCGACAGUGCGGGAGACUCGCCAAGAUGGAGCAGACAUGUGAAGAUAUAGAUGAAAUGUUCAGCAAUUUGCUGGGAGAAAUGGACCUGCUGACCCAGAGCUUAGGGGUUGAAACUCUUCCACCUCCUAUGUAUGACCCACCCAGUACUGAAUUUAACUACAGUGUGGGUUUUAAAGAUUUAAAUGAAUCACUAAAUGCACUGGAGGACAAUGACUUAGAUGCUUUAAUGGCUGAUCUUGUAGCAGACAUAAGUGAGGCAGAACAGAGAACCAUCGAAGCCCAAAAACAAGCUUCCCAGCAAAAGCCAAACACAGCAUCUCAGCCAUCAUCAGUCGUGGGCAAUGGAGCUUCCUUUGGCUAUAAGUCCAAUUUUUCCACUACUGGAAUUAACCAAUAUCAGGAUGAAUUGCCUCCCCCACCUCCUGACCCUGUUUUAGACCUUCCACCUCCUCCACCUCCUCCUCCUUCUGAACCACUCACCCAGGAAGAAGAAGAAGCUCAGGCUAAAGCUGAUAAAAUCAAGCUCGCCUUGGAAAAACUGAAGGAGGCCAAAGUUAAAAAGCUUGUUGUCAAGGUAUACAUGAAUGAUAACAGCACAAAGUCAUUAAUGGUGGAUGAACGGCAGUCAGCACGAGAUGUUUUAGACAACCUCUUUGAGAAAACCCACUUUGAUUACAAUCUGAAUUGGUGCCUUUAUGAAACAUACCCAGAACUCCAAAUCGAGAGGAUUUUUGAAGACCAUGAAAAUGUCGUUGAAAUCUUAUCAAACUGGACAAGAGAUACUGAAAAUAAGCUAUUGUUUUUGGAGAAAGAAGAAAAAUAUGCUGUAUUUAAAAAUCCUCAGAAUUUCUACUUGGCUAAUAAAGGGAAAAAAGAAGGCAAGGAGACAAAUGAGAAAAUGAAUGCAAAAAAUAAAGAAUUUUUACUAGAGGAAAGUUUCUGUGGGACAUCUGUCAUUGUGCCAGAAAUUGAAGGGGCUCUUUAUUUGAAAGAAGAUGGAAAGAAAUCCUGGAAAAGACGCUAUUUUCUUUUACGGGCUUCUGGAAUUUAUUAUGUACCCAAAGGAAAGACUAAGACAUCUCGGGAUUUGGCUUGCUUUAUACAGUUUGAAAAUGUAAAUGUUUACUAUGGAACACAGUACAAAAUGAAAUAUAAAGCUCCAACUGACCACUGCUUUGUACUAAAGCACCCCCAGAUUCAGAAGGAGUCACAAUAUAUCAAGUAUCUAUGCUGUGAUGAUGCAAGAACUCUAAAUCAGUGGAUCACUGGAAUAAGAAUUGCCAAGUAUGGAAAGAUCCUCUAUGACAACUAUCAAAAGGCAGUGGCAAGAGCUGGACUUGCCUCUCGGUGGUCUAACCUAGGGAAAGUGGAGCCAGCGGCUACAACUCAGACACCCUCCAAAGGACAUACAGCAAGUACUAUACAAUCUAAUGGACAGAUUUGCCAGCCUACACCCUCUGUUAGUGGAAUUUUCCAAGAGGCCCAAAGACAUGUUGAAGCAACAAAGGACAAGAAGCCGGCUGUUAAUAACUAUGAUGCACCAGCACCUCCAGCCAGUCACCUGAAGAAAUCCCACUUGCCGCCGCCACCACCACCACAACGUCGGUCUUCUGAUGUGAAUUCAGCAUCCCUGAUGCCCCCCAAAUCCAUGAUACCUCCCAAACCAGCACCUCAGGAUGAUUUUCCUUUACCACCACCCGCGGCAGAGACUGAGCUCCCGCCACCACCCCCAGAUUUUAAUGAGGAGCCUCCCAAUUUUGUGCCUCCCCCACCUCCUACCAUUUUUAGUGGUGAUGAAUUCCCCUUACCACCUCCUCCACCACCUCCCUCAUUCCAAUCCACAGAACCCAACAAAACUCCCCCACCCAUUACUAAAAAGCCUCCAAUGCCUCCUAAAAGGUUAGAAAAUCCAGGACCAGCCCCUCGGGGGGCAAGUGGAGAACAAGAUUUUAUGUCUGAUCUGAUGAAAGCUUUGCAAAAGAAAAGAGGCAACCUCUCCUGAAAAGUUUUUGAGUUUCCUGGAAGAGAAACAUGACAAAAUAAGUAUAGCUUUUUCUGAUUGUAUAUUUUAAUCAUUGUAUUCUUGAGACAACUUAGUAAUUGUUUUUAUAAAAUAUUGACUUUAAAGUAUAAAUGAUGUAUAUAUUUUCAAUCAUUCAAUUAUUAACCUUUUAAAAAUUGACUCACUGACUUGUGGCUAAAGAUACUUUUUUUCAUUUUUAUACUUCAGCUGAAUACCCUUGUUUUUGAAAUUGAACAAAAUAAUGCUAUAUGUUUCAUUUAUUUGAUAAUAGAAAAUUUUUUUAAAUGUAGCAUUUUAUAUAGUAGUACUGUCUAGAGGGCAGGAGGUAGAAAUUAUGGGGAUGCUAAUCUCAGCCUUGUAUGAGAAUUUCCUAUGAGAGCUUUCUGAUAAUGGAACAGGCUAUAGAACUAUUGUGACCUACUGUAUGUCUAAUAACUGAGACUGUAUGGCCAAAAUCAGGGAUGCUUUAGAUGGAAUAUAUAUAUAUAUAUAUAUAAAACAUAUAUAUUCAGUGGAAAGGUGGACAGGAUACCUUUAAGAGUCUUCCAGAUCAUAAAAGUCUAUUAUCCUAUAUUUAAAAGCUAAAAAAAGCUAUCUUUGUGUGUAUCAUUCUGGAGAUCUCUUAGAUGAAAAGGCAGUACUUAGCAAAAAGCUGGUCUUGGAAUCACAGAAUUUUAGAAUUGGUUAGGUCUUCAGUGUCCAACUUAGCCCAUCAAUUCAUCUCACCAUAUAGCCAAGAGCAAACCUCUUAACCUCCUAGAAUCCCAGAAAAUUCUAAUACUACAAAUUACAGAUAAACUGAGUCUGUUUUAUUGAAGGGAAUUAAUAUACCAUUGCAGAGAACUCUUAAUUUAGACCAAAAAGUGAAAAAAAAAAAGGAGGGGGAGAAGAACCACAAAAUAUUUUAUAAUAUAAUUUGGCCUUUAAAAUAGUUUUAGUUAUUAAUUCAAUGUUAUCACCAGCUCUUAAUAAUGCAGUUCUCCAUAGCAAAUAUGCACAUUUCUCUAGUCACAUUCCUAGAAAAACAAAAGAAAUUUAAAAGCAAUUUAUUUUAUUUAGUUCACUGCCCGUUUCAUUUUAGAAUAUACUGUACAUAUCCUUGUUUUUUCAUGUAUGAAUAACACAAAAGAGAUUUGAAUUUGUAAAUUAACCAUCACUAAAGUACUGCUCAUUCUAAACUCAUCACUAUUCACAUCUAAGAAAGAUGAUUAUGCCUCCAUUUUAGUGUUUGAAAAAUGAAUUUUAGAAAACAAACUGCAUUUCAUUUUACUUCAAAGCAAACAUAAUAAAUAGAAUCUAAAUAGUUUUUUUUUAAUAUAGAUGAAAGAUUUUCAGGUUUAUCAGUUUGCCUUUAUAAAGUACAAUUGAGGAAGAUAUGAUUGCAGUUCAAUAUACUUAUUAAAUUAUAAUUAUGAGGUCUUACUGGUUAUUUUGUGAACAUAUGGAGCACAAAGACAAGGAUCACUAAUGUAUAUACAAAAAUUCCUCUUUAAAUUUUAUAAAUCUAUUAGAAAAUUACCAGUUACCAAUAUCUGAUUCUGUAAGGACCGGAAAUCCAAGCUAAUAAAAUGUCUGAUUUUCCAACAGAUAGUGAAAUAAAUUUCAGAAAAACCAGUGAAUAUUAACAAACAAUCCCCCUCAUACUUAACCCAAAUGCAGUGAAAUAAGAGCAGGUUCUCACGGCACCUCUCUUUUUUACCCUGCCUGUGGCCAGAUUAGACUCUAGGCCCACUUCCAGAGUUAUAGACUGUGAGCUGAAGUAAAGUACAAGACUUCACAAGCAGCACAGUUUGGUGGAAUGAACAAGAGAUUUUGUGGUCAGAAGAUCUAUUUAAAUCCUGGUUCCCUACUGAAAUACUUUUGUGAUUUUUGAACUAUGGAGCCCUCAGUUUCAUUAUCUGCAAAAUUAGGUCAGACAACAUGAAUCCCUUCUAGGUGAAAAGUUUAUGUUCCUUUAACACAUAAAUUAGAUUAGUUUUUGGGUCACCUUUGUGGUCCAGGCUUGCUUCCAAGCAAGUCUAUAACAGCCCUAUCAAUCAGAGAGUUUCUCAAGACUGAACCAGACAACCUGGCUGCUUCUUAUUCACCUGAGGAAAGAGCACAAGUUGUUUUAAUCCUGAAUCCCUCUCAGAUUUGUCUGUGGUUGUUGUUCAGUGUGUUAAGAUUAACUUUUGUUGUUUCCUAUGUAAUUACUGAAAGUAAAAAUUGUAUGACUGAAUCUCACCAUAGAA